AUGGCUAAUAUCACUCCUGGCGUUCAGCCCAAGCCAGGAAUAAGAGAUGGCAGCUUGAGCGUCUGGCAGCCAAUCGACAAGGGCAGCAUGUCCAAAGAUACUUUGGUGAACGAUUAUGUCCAACUAGAAGAUCUAGGAAAAGCACAACCCAGCUCACACCAAAUUCAACUUUCAGGCGAAGAUGGCGAGGAGUCGUCGACAGAAUACCCAUCAGCUUGGAAAUUGGGUAUGAUCAUGGUUAGCUUAAGUCUCGCAGUCUUCUGUUUAGCACUGGACACGACCAUCAUGGCCACAGCCAUCCCCAAGAUCGCGAAUCAGUUCAACUCCCUGAACGACGUCGGGUGGUACGGCAGUGCCUAUCUCCUCACCACAAGUGCUUUGACUCUCAGUUUUGGAAAGCUGUACAGCUUCUAUUCCAUCAAGUGGGUUUAUCUGCAGGCACUUGCUGUGUUUGAGAUUGGCUCCCUGAUCUGUGGUGCCACUCCAAACUCACUGGGAUUGAUCAUCGGACGCGCUAUUGCCGGCUGCGGAACAGCGGGCAUCUUCUCUGGAUCGUUGCUUAUAAUCGCCCGGUCUGCGCCACUGGAGCGAAGGCCGCUUUUGACGGGCAUCCUUGGGGGCUUGUUUGGCGUUGCCAGCGUCAUCGGGCCACUACUUGGUGGUGCAUUCACAGACAAUCUUACCUGGCGAUGGUGCUUCUAUAUUAAUUUACCCCUUGGCGCCGUCACAGGAAUCUUCCUCCUGCUAUCCUUUGAUGAUCCUACGGCGACAACCAGGCGAGCGACAUUCAGGGAUCAAAUAUCGCAACUUGACCCGUCCGGCAUCAUGAACAUUCCCAUGGUGCUUGCACUGGUUAUCUUCUCCAUUAUCUCUGGUGGAUUGGUCGGUGCGCUUGGGUACUACACACCGUUCAUGCUUAUCACACCUGCCAUCGCGGCCAUUGGGGCUGGACUGCUCUCCACACUUCAAGCGAACUCCAGCGCUGGGAUCUGGAUAGGAUACCAGGUCGUGUACGGCGCUGGUGUGGGCUGCGGACUUCAACAGCCCAUGGUAGCGGUCCAGGGCGCGCUUCCACCCGCCGAUCUCCCUCUUGCGACCGUGAUUGUGGUGUUCAUGCAGACCAUUGGCGGUUCCAUCUUCAUGUCCGUGGGUCAAAAUGUAUUCCAGAACCAGCUUUUGCGAAAUUUGGCCACCCAGGCUCCCGGUGUUGACGCGGCCCAAGUGCUCCGGGCAGGCGCAACCAUGUUACGGGACACCGUCCCAAGUGAGAUGCUGCCUGGCGCGUUGCGCGCAUAUAAUUCAGCCAUCACCGAGGCCUUUUACGUGGCGGUAGCCAUGGCCGUCCUUGCGCUCCCUGGAGCGUUGGCCGUGCAGUGGAUCUCUGUUAAGGGCCGACGGCUCUAA